AUGACGGCUCAGCGUGCCAAACGAAAAACACAACAUCUGCGGGGCGAUUCAGCCUGCAAGGCGCUGCUAAUGCCCAAAAAUGGCCUCGGAAAUGGGCCAGCGAUUUGCGCCCUCUUUGGAGAAUCCUCUCACCAGAAUUUUGGAACUUUCAGCACAAUGCCAACGCAAGGGACAUCUGGAAGUGAAUAUCUCCCCCCUCCACCUUUUGCAGUUUCAGAUCAUGGAGAUCAGCCAGUGCAGAGAAUCUGGAACAUUCCUACUAUUUCAGAAGGUGAAGCCCAGGAAGCUUUACGUGAAUAUGCCUCAGGUAAAUGCUGCUACAGCAGCGACCCUGCCAAAGAGAUGGUGUUCAAAGAUCUACAGGCACUCAAUGCUUAUCGCUAUCGCUUGGAGACCUUCACUGAAUCUAGGUCUUUUGAAUGGAAAACUAAACCUUCUACAGGGAAAAUUGAAGGUCCCUGUGUGGAUACCACAUUUGUCUUACCUUGGAAUGUUCCAGUGGCUGUUCCUAAGAUGUUUGAAAACAACACCAAAGAAAUCAUGAUGGCUAACACAUCUUUAGUCAAGGAAUGCUUAGUGUGCAUGGCUUCAGGUAAAAAACUCUGCAAACAAUGUGAUGGAAGUACUAAGGAACCAUGCCGCUGGUGUAAAGGAAAAGGACUGUUCGCUGGUGGCACAUGCAGCCAAUGUUCUGGAACUGGAUCAGAUGCUACCCCGUGUCAAGCUUGUUCUGGACAGGGAACGGUAAACUGCGAUGAUUGUGAUGGACAAGGACGUUUGCUGACGUACAACGCACUGGUGGUGAAAUGGGAAAAUAACAUUUUUGACUAUGUGGCGCAUCAAAGAAAUGACUUUCCUGCUGAACUAUUCAAAGCAGUUACUGGACAGAAGUUAUUUGUUGAUGAACAGGAUAUGGUUUACCCAGUUACAAAUUUUCCUGACAGUAGCAUAAAUGACACCUCCAGGAAUGCUGUUGAGAGACAUCGAGCUCAGUUUGCUUCCACCUCACGGAUACUGAGGCAGAGGCAAACAAUUGAGCAUAUACCUCUUACCAGAGUGGAAUACGGAUGGCAUUCGAAGUCCUGCUCUUUUUACGUUUAUGGAAAUGAACGCAAGGUGCAUACCAAAGAUUAUCCCAAAACGUGUUGCUGCAUCAUCAUAUGA